CCGGGCGUCCCGUAGCCCGACUGGGAACAGCGAGCGGCUUUCCUUGUUUCCCGGCGUCGGAUCCCACUGCACCCGGUGUAAAACAUACAUGGCUCCUGGUUCCUCAAAUGAGAAGAAAACUGAUGAUGGACAGGCUUCAAAAGAGAAUUUUAUUCAUCUCUGCAACCCUCACCUGGAGAAAAUGAAAGAAGACAUCCUGUACCAUUUUGCUCUUGGGACUGGUACCCAUGAUUUUCCGACAUUGUUUGGGGAUGUAAAGUUUGUGUGUGUUGGAGGAAGUCCUUCCCGGAUGAAAGCUUUCAUUGCCUACAUAGCAGAGGAGCUGGGGCUUGGGAGCCCCGGGUGUGACUACCCCAACAUCUGUGCAGGCACUGACCGCUACGCAAUGUACAAAGUAGGGCCCGUUUUGUCUGUCAGUCAUGGUAUGGGCAUUCCUUCUAUUUCAAUCAUGUUGCACGAGCUGAUCAAACUGCUGUAUCAUGCCAAGUGUUCUGACAUAACCAUAAUUCGCAUUGGCACCUCUGGUGGAAUAGGUCUGGAGCCAGGCUCAGUUGUUAUAACUAGACAGUCUGUAGAUGCCACCUUCAAACCUCAGUUGGAACAGGUUGUUCUGGGAAAGACAGUAAUUCGCAGCACUAACCUGGAUGAACAGCUGGCUAAGGAGCUGAUGCAGUGCAGUAAAGAAAUCGGUCAGUUCAAUACAGUCAUUGGAAACACCAUGUGCACUUUGGAUUUCUAUGAAGGACAGGGCAGGUUGGAUGGUGCAAUCUGCUUAUAUGAUGAAGAAGAAAAACUGCAAUAUUUGAAGAAUGCUUAUGAGUCUGGUGUCAGAAACAUUGAGAUGGAGUCUUCUGUAUUUGCUGCAAUGUGUAAUCUCAGUGGUGUCAAAGCUGCUGUAGUGUGUGUCACUCUUCUGAAUCGGCUUGAAGGGGAUCAAAUCAGCAACUCACAUGAUGUCCUUGUGGAGUACCAGCAGAGGCCGCAGAAGUUAGUGGGAUAUUUCAUUAAGAAAAGUCUUGGGAAAGUAUGAAAUAUCUGUCUCAUGUUUUAGAGAAGGAGAAGGCCUUUGUACAGAUGCAGUCAUGGUUAUCACUUCUGUGCAUUGCAGGUCUUUUGCUUCAGUAUAACUUACAGCAUUCCAUGUGUCAGUGGAAAUUAAUCAUUUAUGUCACUGUUCUUUGGGAACUGAAUGUGCUGAAUGGACUUCAGUUAAGUUUUGCUUAGUUAUGUAUUGCUGGAUAUAAAACUCACUUUUCUUUGAAUUGGAAAGUGGAUCUGAUGUGAAGGACAAGCCUAUGAUAAUGAAAAGCUUUAUUUAUCCCUGCUGUAAAAGAAAAAGUAGAGAGAAAAUCAACCUUUAUUGCUAAGUACGUGCAUACCAGCAAAUUAACUUAAUUUUCUUAUUGUUAUAAAAAAAUUAUGUAAGUUAAAAUUGUCUUUGUUGAUUCACUUGUAAAGAAAACUUAAAGUGAAUUCAGUUUAUUUUUUUGCAGACCUUG